CUCCGCUCCGCUCCUCUCCUCCUCUCGCUCCUUCCCUCCUCUUGACGAGCCUGGUCCGCCCGCUCCUCCGCCGUGCUAGCCCAGCUGCCCCUCGACGACGUGUGCCGUCGUAGCGACCAACCAACCAACCAACCUACCUACCUGACCUUCGCUCGACCUACGACCACCACCGCCUCCACCACGGCAUCAUCACCAUCAUCAUCAUUAACAUCACCAUCACCAUCACCCACAAUCGUUUUUAGAGCGCGGCGCAGUCGAGCUGCACAUAGCCAGCUCCCAACUCACCCUGCUCCUCCUGCCGGCCUGGGUCCGACGUCCGUUCGUUACAAACAGCAUCUACCGAGCUUCUGCGAAGACGUCCAUUCCUUUGCCCUUUCAUCCCGUCUGUUGAUUCGAAAUCAUCAGCAGCGAAGUCCUCCAAACAGCAGGCUUCCUUAUCAUCCGGUGUCCCGGGACCCUUGACGGAAACAGCCUGACCGGCGGACAUCAUUACCAUAAUACAUAUUGAUCCGGACCGUAGUGCGUGGCACAGUAUUGCAUAGGGAGGUGCGUGAAUGCGGCUAUGGCUCCUCCGAGCAAGCGGCGGAAGCUAUCGAGCUCAGGCAGUUCAGCGAGAAUAUACAGGGACAACAGCACUGCCCUAGACACAUUGCCGUCAUUCUCGCACUCUGUCCAGUCUAUGCAUGGAUGUGCCACUCCCGAUUCACCCCAAUUACAGCACAGCCCGACCCCCACUGACAACGCCUUACACCACGAACUGAAGCGAGACGCCGUCGAGGGAGUCGACCACUUCGCGGGCAUCGCCCCCCGGCAGGACUCCUAUACUGAGCUCCCGACUACGAUGCCCACGUUAGGACCAACUCUCGGCAUACAGACCUUUACGGAUGCUUCGACGACACUCACUUACACCCCUCCGGCCCUCCCAUCGCUACCCACACUGCCCAGCAUACCUGGCGCAACCACAUUUUCAAGUACAACUUUGACUUCUUCGACUUUAAGCACUCCGUCACCAGACCCCUACCCAAGCUCAAAUGGAAACUUAUCAUCAUCGUCAUCACCAUCAUCAUCAUCAUCGUCGUCGUCGACAACAACAACGAUUCCAGGAAACAUCACUUCUUCCACGAGUGCUAGCUCAAGUCUUGUGUCCUUAACCAACGUCCCGAUAGGCAACAACGGCACGAUCGCGUCGAGAACGGCCGUCACCGUAACAAGUUCCGUCAGUAGUACAUUGUACUACACCACUCUCGAGGACGGAAAUGUUUCGACAAUCACUCUCUCUAGUGGUACGUUCACGACGAUUGUUGACGGUGAGGUGUUCACUGUGACUGGUAACUCCGUUUACUCGGACUCCCAAGCCCCACUACAAAGCCCAACAUCGACGACAACAUCCGAUGGCCAGAGUACAACGUCAACGUCUGCUGUUUCAGGUGCCGGUGCACCUCAAACCUACGGAACGCCGGCCAAUACCGGAGCUGCUGGAUCCACAAGCACAGAUACUUCCAAUACUGACGAUAAUGGCAACCACAAUAGCACGCCGCCCGCUGGCACCAUAGCUGGCGGCGUUGUGGGAGGCGCAGCCGGCCUUGCCGUGAUUCUUUUGAUUGCCAUGCUUUUCGUUCGGUGGUAUCGAAGAAGAAGUCAAAUGCGCCAUCAAGCUCUGCCACCGGGCACAGCUGGAGGCGGAGCAGAGCAAUCCAGAAGCGCACCUGGUAUGGCAGAGCGUGCUGGAAUGGCACCGUUUGCUGCUGCAAUUCCAGCGCUCUUCAGGCACCAGAAUCCGAGUACGGAGCCUGGGCAGUCUGAACGAGGCUUCACCCGCGUAUCGGGGCGGAAACUGCCUUCACAAUGGAGCGAAGGGAUGAGUAGCAGUCAACUGCCAAACAUGCCUCAGACAAUCGCGACAUCAGGAGAAGGGAGUGCUGGAAGGAAUCUCGAUAAUACCUCAUUUUACAGGAACAGCCCGGCCUUUGAUGGCGGAAAUGACGGGGAUCUCUCUCCGAGUGCCGCAUCGCCAGAGAGCAUAGACGGAGGACCAUUGCGGACCAGUGAUCCUGGAUCCGUGAUGAUGAUGUCUCGUGGUCCAGAACGGCAACCUGAGGUUCAUCAUGGUAGCCCACUGCAGCGACCUGGACAGGCUAGCACAUUGUCAACAUCACCAUCGGCCGCAAGUGCAUUAGGACGAAGCGAAACUCCGUCCUCCAUGCUUGAGCCGAACCGUAGCAGCCGCUUCACUGAGGAUAUGUGACUAGAGCGGCUCUAUUCGUUCUACGAAGAGACUGGAACGGGUGGAGCCGUAAACAGAGAGUCUGGAAGGAGUAGUUGUUACAGCCCCAUCGACGAAUAAUGGGCGAAAAAAAAGGAAAAAAGAGGUCGGGCCAAAAGGAGGUGCAAAGCGGCCGUCUACCAAAAUUGAUUCUUCAGCGAGGAGGCCGACAGAGAAGGAAUCUCCUCGCUCAGGUUGCACCACCAUAUUAUGAUCUUAUGGUGUGGUAUGACUUUUAUUUCACUACCAGAGCAUGCAUCACUUGCUGCUGCUGCUGCUGCUGCUGCUGCUGCUGCUGCUGCUGCUGCUGCUUGUCUACCAUCUGUGUGCACAUUUGGAGUGCACAAGAAGACAUGAUGUUCAUAUGAAGAUGAGAAGAUGGAAAACGGGCCAUGCCUCCUGAAAUCGAGGAAGAAGGCUGUCCUGAUUUUGUAAUGUUUUUGUAUAGUCUUGACAGUCGAAGGGAACGUGUCUGAGAGAGUAUCAUACUCAGAAACCAUCGCCUUCUGUCCAUUUCCGCCCGCUCUCAACCGCUCGCUGCUUGGGGUCCAUUCCUCUAGUCAAAGCAUCGUCUCUGAGCCUUUGCAUUUCCGCCGCCAAGGACUCAAUCUUGCUUUUUAAUUCCUUGCCCUUUCCCAGCUCCGGCACAGCGACAGGAGCCUCUUCGUUCAACGACCCGUCCACGUUUUUCGCCUCAUCGAUCGCUUUCGCCUUGAGCUCCCACUUUUCCAGCUCCUCGUCCAGCUUGGUCUUGUGAUAUUUGAGCUCAAAGUAAUAGUCAAAUGCUUGGGGAGAACCAAAACACAAGCCAUAUCCAUCGCAAUAGCAGGCGCUCAUGCUGGGACAAUGCACCGGGGCGUCGGUGAAGAUGUAUUGCCAAAUAUGCUCAAAGACUCGACCGCUCAGGUAGUCGGUCAAAUCCGUCCGGAUCAGCCAAUCUCGCAUGCCAAUGUAUUUCAUCUUGGGCAUCGCCCGAAUGCGAUCCCUCGAGACGGCGAAUUGCGCGCAGCAUGCCUGCGCGAGGACACUCGGGACGGGAUCCAUGGGGAAGAGUUCACUCCAGCAUUCCGCCAAGAGCACCUCCUCGGGUUUGUCGUAGUUGUCCUUGGUGGAGCCUGGAUGGAGCCAUUCGGGACAGCCGGGGUCCCAAUGACAGCGUAGAUUCAUGUAGCCUUCUCGCGAGAUCCUCUCGGGGCUCAAGUGACGAAUCAUUUGAGCAGCAUCGGUAUCCAGCAAUUCGUUGUUGUGCCAUCCAUAUCGGUGGGCGUGCAUGAAAAUACUCACAUCGGGCAACUUGUCGUAAAAGUCGAUGAUAUAGCUGAGAUACACCAUGACUUCGUGCCCUUUAUUCUUGGGCGGAUGCAGCACCCCCUUGUGCUCGCCGCUCUUCAAGUUCACCGUGUAGAUAGCAGUCGUCAGCAGACCGCUGUCCAUCAUGUCGGCUAACUCCUGCUCGACCCAUGUUGUGUCUUCAGUCUUCAGCCGUGGCAGCACCAGAGUCCUGGUGUAAUUGCUCCCAGCCGGUUUUGUCUUGCCCACUGGGUAAGGAGAUGUGGAAUCGAUCUUGGGUUCCUUGAAGACCUGCGUCGACAUCCCUGCACCACCAACACCACCAACACCACCACCACCACCAUCAUCCUUAUCCUCCUGCUCCAUCCACGCUGCCAUCGUGUUCCCCGUCGACCCACUGCUCCCUCCCAGGCCCGCCAACUGUGGUAUCUGAUGCCAUGAGAGCCGGUAAAAGACUGACACCAAGAUGGUCGAGCUGAAGCAGGCGACGAGAAUGAAGAGAAGGAAUCGACGGAGCAUCACUCGCACGAGAAUUCGAGCCGUGGUGAAGAUGCGAUGCGAUUGACGUGGACUGCGUUGGUAUUAAGGUGUGCUCAAUUUGAUCUUCCCGGAACCAGCAGCAGCAGCAG